UAUCAAGUAGUCCGACCAUAUAUUGUCCCAACGUUAGUCAUUUUGUUACCAAGGUCGAUUAAUUAUAACGCCUCCAAAAUGCCCUCAAUCACCGCCAUAACAAUCUUCAUCUUCGGCCUCAGCGCCUUCAACCACGGCGUCAGCAAUCUCAUCUCCCCGCGCAAGGGCCUCACCGCAAAGCAAUUGCCAGAGUCUGCCCUCCCCGCACUCAACGGCUUUUCAGUCGCCAUCAUCGGAAUCGGCAUCUAUUACAUGCUGGCUGCCUAUCAAGAGAAUCGAGGCUUCUUUGCCCUCACCCUGGCGCGAUUCAUUUCAGCCAGAAUCUUUUGGGUGCAAGGACCUGCUUGGAGAGUAAUUGCAACGUGGGAGGCAUUCUCAGCUGGUCUCACAGCUGUCGCUCUGGCUUAUGAGGGCUACUAUGGGAGGCGGGGUGCUGCUUACACCGUCUGCAACCACAUUCUGCAAGCGUUCGACAUCUGCAAUCCGCCACAAUACAUGAUCAGCAAUCCAUCAGCCAUGAAGCUACAAGAUAUCCCCGUAGAGCUACGGCAAAACAUAUUUGAGUUAGCUCUAACGGCUCCGGUUGCACCAUCGAGUCCCUCAGAGAGCCAACAUGGCCGAUAUCGACGAGCUCACCAUCCUCAAGACCGUUACUGGCGUCCUACGGGCGUCUGGGAACAGGCACCCAAGAACAAAGCUCUGAGCUUGCUUCUGGUCAGUAAGCAGUUUCACGCCGAGGUUCAGGAUGUUGCCACUCGUCUCCCAAACAACUACCAUGUCGAUAUCAUGUUUGUCAAGAACUAUGGCCUCUGGACUACAUGGGAUUUUACGAAGCGGCCGACAUCAAGAUACAUCGACAAAGUCACAUCUACAAUUCGUAUCUUCGACCCAACCGACGACCUUGACGAUCGCUUUAAGGACAGCUUGAUCUUCCUAGGUGGCUGUGGAGGACCGGAGCCCGCAGUUUGGGCGUUUUACGACCUUCUCAUAGGCUUGAUAGAAUAUGGGCCUGGAUACCUCGGCCGCCUGGAUAACUCCUGCUUCAUCAUCAAUGAAAUCGAAGUGGAUGUUGUCGCUCCAACGGACGGCGCCGCUCACACCAAGCUUGAGUGCAGGGACAACGAGAAUCCUGUUUGGCUGUACCAGAGUCGCAUCCGCUCCAGGGACGAGCGGGUACCGGAGAAGCGACUCAUCAGUUACAUGACCAAUGAGUUGGACUACGUUUUCAGUGCGACCCGUUAUACCAUUGAAUAUUGUUUGGAGCUGCACGAACAUAUCACAGAAAGCAUCAUAUUCAAGGUCAACGGGCAGGAGUGGAAGAAGAUACAGAUGAAUGAGGUUCUGCAAAACUGUGAUAUCUCGAGAUGGCAAUACGAUGUGGGUUUCCGGGAUCGCAAUGCGAUGAAGAUGACGAGAUGGCUGAACUGGGUUCUUGACCGACGAGAGAGGAUGAAGAAGGGCCUUGAGCUGGAUGAAAACAGGCCUGAUACUUAUCUUCUCUAA